AUGGCUGUGACCAGUUGCGACGAACGAGGCCCGCCAUGCUCCAAUUGCAUUAGCCGGGAGCUGGCAUGUACUUACUUUAAGACCCCGGCAGCACGCAAGGAGACUACACUAUCGACAAGUCCUGCUCCUUUGCAGUCAAUAGUAGCACCCUCUGAGGCAACAUACCAUGCCAACCAGCCCGUCUCCCGCCAUGGGUCUUCACCGCCAAACUUUGCUUACCUGCGCGAGCUUGAGCUAAUGCACAAGUUUUCCACGGAGACGUAUCUGAGUUUAUGCAAUGAACCAACGGAUCACCAUGAAUGGCAGUAUGUCAUCCCUCGCAAAGCUUUGCAGCAUGACUUCCUCAUGAGCGGGAUACUAGCGGUGGCAUCUCUCCAUAUCGCGUCGACACUCGAUCCACCAGAAGCGCUUUCCUAUAUUGACACAGCUCUGGAGUAUCAUAAUCAUGCAUUUGCGCCUUUUCGUCAUGCGAUUGAUAACCUCACUCCAGCCAACUGUGACGCAGUCUUAGCUCACUCAGUAAUCACAACUGUUAUUGGUAUAAAGUUACCACAAUUGGCACGAGAAGAGAACCAAAGCAUGACCGAAAACAUAAUUGUCGUUUUCGAGUUGCUGCACGGAGUCAGUAAAAUCUUCACCAUCAGCCGUCCCUGGCUUCAAGGAAAGUUGUUUACUUCCCGGAAAGGCUUCUGGGAAAAUCAGCUUUCCAUACUAGACAGUGAAAUUGAGGCUGCGCUGGAUCGAUUAACGGCCUUGAACAAUGAUAUGCUUGCUCCUGACACAGCGGAUCAACACCACAUCAUCAAGAAUGCAAUAGCUCUUCUACGCCGUUGUUUCUGCAGAUACAACCAUGCCCGAGACGUGGCUUCCAUACUCGCAUGGGUCGCAACCGUUGAUAAGGAAUUCGUUCAUGCUCUGAGAUGCCGUCAACCUCUCGCGCUGCUAGUCCUCAUACACUGGGGUGUUCUGCUCCAGGAGCUUGAUGAAAAGGUGUGGUGGGCAAAGAAUUCCGGAACAGCUCUGGUUUCCGAGUUGCUGAAUGCCCUCCGUCCCUGCGACAUACGGUGGGAAGGUGCAUUGCAGUGGCCGAAACGUAAGAUAGGACUUUGA